UCUGAUCGAGCUUCUACACCGUAACUCCCCUGCGACCGCACUCUUCCUUCGAUCCAUUUCUGAAUCACCCAUCAUCUCUCUCGAUCAGUCGCAACUGUACCGAAGAAGAACCAGACCCCAGACAAAGAAGAAAAUGACUGAGGCCACGAUAAGGAACAAACCGGGCAUGGCGAGCGUGAAGGACAUGCCCAUAGUGCAGGACGGUCCGCCGCCAGGCGGCUUCGCUCCGGUCCGGUUCGCCCGGCGGAUCCCCAACAAGGGUCCCAGCGCCGUCGCCAUUUUUCUCACCACUUUCGGCGUCUUCUCUUGGGGCAUGUACCAGGUCGGCAAGGGCAACAAGAUCCGAAGGGAGCUUAAGGAAGAAAAAUAUGCUGCGCGCAAAGCUAUACUGCCCAUGCUUCAAGCUGAAGAGGAUGAAAGAUUUGUGAAAGAGUGGAAGAAGUAUCUUGAAGAAGAGGCAAGAAUAAUGAAGGAUGUGCCCGGGUGGAAAGUUGGUGAAAGUGUCUAUAACUCUGGAAGAUGGAUGCCUCCUGCAACCGGUGAGCUCCGUCCUGAUGUCUGGUAAGAUGCUUGGUGUGUUUUGAACACAGAAAGUCGUGCAUUGUUCGCCGUCAAAAGCCGGUCUGUUUCCCUUCUUGCGAGUUUGUUGGUCUCCUUGACAUUAUCCUCCUUCAAGGUGAAUAAAAAUGUUUUUGAAAAACUCUGUUCACAUGUGAUGAAAUGAUAAAGCACUACUCUCUUAUUAAUACCAUUGUCUACUUUUCUAUUUACCUUAAAAAAGUUUAGGAUUAUGGAACCUUGUUUGUGCCAUAUUUUAUGCGAAAAUGGUGUGAUGAUGAUGAUAAA